CUGUGUGUGCAGGGGCUGGUUUCCACGGCGUUGCAGCACACCAAAUUGCUUCUCGCCGUGCUUCGUUAUCCCGUGGGCUCUCCCCAUCCUUACUACUCAACGCCGCGCGCGGGCGCGAGCGCGAGCGUGAGCGUUUCCUUGGAAGUCUCCUAUAUUUUUUUAGAAUUGAAAGUUUUUUUGGAGUUUCGAAGCGUAUAGUUUAGUGUAUUUCCAUCAUGGGAGGCAGAAGGAAUUUACGGUGGGGAGAUGCGGCGGAGGAGGAUGACGAAAUCGAGGGUGUGUUGCCGCCUACGCAAGUUUUUGGUCCUGAUGAGAAGGGCGUUAAGAUUAUCAUCGAAUGGAAGAAAAAUGACGACAAUGUGCGUACCAAGGUCAUCAAGACCAUCCGUGUGAAGAAACAGAUGAAGAAGCUGAAUCCUGCCACGAUCCGGAGGCGUUCUUUGGGGAAGUUUGGUGAUGCGCUUGGUCAAAAUGCAUCUGAUAACUUAACGGUGGUUUCUACUGAGGAAAUCUUUCUGGAGAGGACGAGACCAGCAGGUGCCAAAGCUGAACCUGAGAAAGGAGCCGACCUUGCAUCCCUUGGAAAUGCCUCUCUUAUUGUAUGCAGGACAUGCGGAAAGAAGGGAGAUCACUGGACCUCUAAGUGUCCUUUCAAGGAGUUGGCUGCAUCGAGGGGCAUUAUUGCUGGAGGCGAGAAGCCACCGACCGACGAUAAUGUUCCUGGCAUUUCCGCUGGAGCUGGAGGAAAGGGAUCGUAUGUGCCACCCAGCAUGCGUUAUGGUAAGGGUAAUGAAGGAGAGAGUAUGAAACGACCAGGAAGAGACGAUAAUUCUAUCCGAGUUACAAAUCUUUCAGAGGAUACCCGCGAGCAGGAUCUUCAGGAGUUGUUCAGUCCGUUUGGUUCAAUCUCUCGAAUUUACGUUGCGUUUGAUCGUGAAACUGGGCUUAGCCGUGGCUUUGCUUUCAUCAAUUUUGUCAACCGGGAUGAUGCUAUUCGAGCAAUCAACAAGUUGGAUGGUUAUGGUUACGAUAACCUUAUUUUGCGCGUCGAGUGGGCAACUCCCAGGGCUGAUAGAUCUUAGAGUAACCAGCAUCUGCGAUUCGGACUGUGUCAGUAAGGGUUUUGUUUCGAGCCUUAGAGUUUUUUGUAGGCGGUUUCAAGUAUAUAAUUUUUGCUGGACUUGUUUCACUUUCUUGUAACUCAAUGCAGGUGAAAAUAUUCUGCACAUUCUUCACAUGUUUCGUAUUAUUUUACAACUGUUAAGAGUUGCAUUAUGGGCCUUGUGAACAUAAGACAGCCAACCUUUGUACAUGCUGAAAGGAACUUUCAACAUGGCAAGUAGCUCCGCUGGCUGUAUCUUCACACCAGAAUUUGAUGAAACGUUCGGUUUUUAACUCUGUAGGGAGUCACUAGGGUCUGGUCGUUGAUAACGUCGGGGCAUGAGGCACAGCCUUAGCUACUGUAUAGCUUAUUUAGUUGCUAAAUAGGUUCUGUCUUUGGUUUCUGUAAAUAUAAUUGUUAUCACUUGGACUUUGUUUAAGUUCAUACUAGAGGAUGAGAAAUGUUUUGUAAUGCAAAUCCAUCUGUAUGGGUUCUUUAAGAAGUGCUUCCAGUUCCUCGUA